CUCGUUCUUAGUUUAGGUACUCAGUCUGAUACCCCCCCCACCCCCCGUUCUUAGUUUAGAUACUCAGUCUGAUACCCCCCACCCUCAGUGUUUGGCCCAUUAGUCCAUACUUGAUUACCUUUGAUAACUGACUCCCUUUCCAUUCGUCAAGCUUACAACUGCCCUAGCCCCAAUAUUACAUACCCCUGCUGAUAAAUACUGGUAAACGUUAUAUUACCCCCCCCCUCCCCAAAGCCCGGAUACCCAUCUCCUUAUUAGAGAGAAAUCUUCCCUCCCUAUGCAGGCACUGGGAUAACCCUGUAUUGUGGGCAUCACUGGGCCUGUUCUACUGAAAUCUGCCCCUCUGUUUCUGCCCCUCUGGGAGUCCAGUUGAAACCUUCUGAUCUCUGCAGCCCCAGUCCCUGCUGUUUCCAUUUAACACUGACAUCCUGGGUUUGUUUCAUAUUCUGUGUACUGGAUAACUGUUUUUGGCAGCGUCGGAGUCCUUGGGGGGGGUUUGGACUUGCCAUUUGCUUGGCAUAGAGUGGUAAAGAAUCCCAAGCAGACUGGCACUGUAUGACGCUGCUAAGGCUUUACUGGCACUAACGGAACAGUAGCUAACCCUUGGAUUGUGCAUGACUUGGAAGCAGGCAAGGAAAGCUGUUUUCCAUCUGGCAUAUGUGGCUAUCUCUGCUCUUCCUGAUGAUGGAUUAAAAGUACUUUGGAGGGCAAGUUAAACCCAAGGUGUUGGAGGCAGUCUUGCAUGGGACCAGUAUGGAGCAUUGGCCGGGGAACUGGAAGGAUUGUUUACAGACUGGUCCACACUCCUUUUAGCCAAAUUGUGUUAUGAAUAGGUGAUACGCUCCACAGAAAUCUGGUGAUCACAGCACAGGGCUGCCUGGACCAGCCUUUGUUCCUAAUUAGAUUGACCCACUGCCCAAGCUGUCUCAGAUGCCUUCAGCCUUGGCAAUCUUCACCUGCCGCCCCAAUUCCCACCCUUUCCAAGAGCGCCAUGUCUACUUGGACGAGCCAGUCAAGAUUGGCCGCUCUGUGGCUCGCUGUCGCCCAGCACAGAACAAUGCAACCUUUGACUGCAAGGUGCUGUCAAGAAACCACGCACUUGUCUGGUUUGACCACAAGACUGGCAAGUUCUACCUUCAAGACACUAAGAGUAGUAACGGUACCUUCAUAAACAGCCAGAGGCUGAGCCGUGGUUCUGAAGAAAGUCCACCAUGUGAGAUCCUUUCGGGGGACAUCAUUCAGUUUGGGGUAGACGUAACGGAAAACACCAGAAAAGUGACCCACGGCUGUAUAGUGUCCACUGUAAAACUCUUCUUGCCAGAUGGGCUCGAGACGCGGCGACGAUCAGAUGUCAUCCCAGCUGCGCUACCCAGUCCCAUUGACAAGGUUGCUGCUCACACUCCCAGUAUGUACUCUCAGGAACUUUUCCAGCUUUCCCAGUAUCUACAGGAGGCCUUACAUCGGGAACAGAUGUUGGAACAGAAGCUGGCCACUCUUCAGAGACUAUUAGCCAACACACAGGAAGCCUCGGAUACUAGUUGGCAGGCCCUAAUAGAUGAAGACCGGCUGCUAUCAAGAUUAGAAGUGAUGGGGAACCAGCUGCAGGCUUAUUCCAAGAGUCAGACGGAUGAUGGAAUAAGAAAGGAAAUGAUCGCUUUGCAAGAAGACAAACACAACUACGAGACAACGGCCAAAGAGUCCCUGAGGCGGGUCCUUCAGGAGAAGAUAGAGGUGGUGCGGAAGCUGUCAGAAGUAGAGCGGAGUCUGAGUAACACAGAGGAUGAAUGUACCCACCUGAAGGAGAUGAAUGAACGCACUCAAGAAGAAUUGCGGGAAUUGGCCAACAAGUACAAUGGAGCCGUGAAUGAGAUUAAAGAUCUUGCAGACAAAUUGAAGGCGGCAGAAAGUCGGCAAGAGGAAAUCCAGCAGAAAGCUCUCGCAGAGAAAAAAGAACUGCAGAAUAAAAUUGAUGAAAUGGAAGAGAAGGAACAGGAGCUACAAGCUAAAAUCGAGGCCUUGCAAGCAGACAACGACUUCACGAAUGAACGACUUACCGCCUUACAAGUACGAUUAGAGCAUCUUCAAGAGAAAACACUUAAGGAACACAACAGCUUAGGCAUCCAAGUUGGCGACUUCAUACCCAAAAUCAACGGCAAUGCAGAUAAAGACAAACUGAUCGACCAACACCUGAUCCGAGGCGACCAGGAGCGGCAGCGCUUGAAAGAGAGUCCGCCGGAAGCAAAGGAGUCCGAUCUCUCCGACACCCUCAGCCCGUCCAAAGAGAAAAGCAGCGACGACACUACAGCAGACGGCCAAAUGGACGAACAAGAGCUCAACGAAUCCCCUAACAAAGUCACUCUAUUGAAAGAUGAGCUGCUCCACGCUGGGGCGAAUGAGGCAAAACCGGAAAUCCAACAGCUGCACAAGGAGCUCCUAGAGGCACAAGAGGCGCUCAGAACAAGCAAACAGAAGUGCCUAGAACUGCAAGCUCUGUUGGAAGAGGAAAGUAGAGCCGGCAGGCAGCAAGCGGAGGAAUCUACUAAGCAAAUUCAGCAUCUCCAGGCCCAGUUACAGAGGUUGCAGAAGGAAAUCGAGGUUCUGCGUGAGCAGAAAGAGAAUGAGAUCGGCAGCACUCGGGAGGCGCUACUGCACGCUCAGGAAGAGAUCGAGAUACUAAAACGUGUGUCGGAGCAGGUUGCCUCGGAGCGGGAAGGGGACAUUGCGGAGCUGCAGGGGGAGCUGCAGGAGGUGCGGUUUGAGCUGGAGCACUGGCGCAAGGCGGCCUCGCAAUACGAGAAGGAGAUCGAGAACCUGCAGGCGAGUUUCCAGGCACAGAGCCGGGAGCGGGACGAGCAGCAGAGGAAAGAAGCAGCUCGGUGGCAGGCUGAACUGGAGGGGUUAAGGCAGAAUGUGAGCUCCCUGGAUGGCGACUGCCUUGCCCUGCGGAAGGAGAACGCUCUGCUGAGUGAGCAGUGCCAGAGGAUUGAGAGAGAGCUGCACAGCUCCCAGAAACAAUCUCAAGAUCUCACCAAUGACCUCAGUGUCCUCGAACUUAGUCGAAAGGAGCUUGAGAACCAAGUUGGCUGCUUGAAAGACCAGAAUCAGAGAGAGGCGGCCAACUUGAAAAUUCAGCUUAAAGAGGCCGAAAAGAGAGUCGUCGGGGUCCAGCAAGAUUUUGAUAACACCCAGAUGAAGCUCUCUGAGCUCAGGGAAACCGUGGAAAAGGCUGAACAGGAGAAGCAGUCGGUGGUGGAGGAGCUGAAACAAUGUAAAGAGAACCUGAAGCUGCUGCAGGAGAAAGGAACUAAUCCUUCCGUGUCACUUCCCGUCCCCGCCAUUUACAUCGGGCUAGUCCUGGCCUUCCUCUACUGGUGUUACGGCCUCUUGUGCUAGAGAAAGAGACAGUGGCCUUGGAUAACCGUGGUGGCAGCAGCCUUGUUUGCCGUGACUGCCGUAAUGUUGUAUCCCGGCCUUACCAAAGGCGCGCCAUGAAGGCCUCAACUACUCAAGCCAUGCACCCGUCCUCCAUGCCCCCCGCUAUUGCUGACCCCCUGGGGGGCAGAUCCCUAAUCUUCCUUUUUACCUCUUUGCAGCAUUAGGGCACUGCUUGCCGCUGUCAUAUCUAUCUGGCAGCCAGGGGGCGACGUUUUGCGUGCAGACUUUAUAUUUUUUCCCCCUGUAGGAUUGGGAAUGUUGCCCCGGCGGCCCGAGUAGGGGGGGCGGGGGGGGGGUUAUUCAGCACCAAAUUAUUUAUGCUGUUUGGGUUUGUGGCUCUUUUACUCUAAUUGUGAAGAAUUAAAUGGAUUACUUGAUAACGAUUGGAUGUGACUGUGCCCGCCCACCUUCUGACCCACAACACAGAUUGGGUAUUUAUGCUCUUAUGGGUCAGAUAGGCACGGGCUGGUAUUAAAGGAAGAACCUCUUCCGGUGCCCGGGAUGUGCCCUUUUUAUCUACCCAUUUUCUAAUUGGUCAGGUUUCGGCUUUAGCAACUCCAAAUCCCUGUACCCUCGGCCAGAGGAGGAUGCUGGGAGUUGUAGUUGAGUGCAGCUGGAGACUGAUGAGUUUAACACAUUUGUUACCCAGUGUUCCUCUCCGGGCAUCUGUGUCUCUGUAUAAUAGUGUAUUGUGCCCGCUUUGUGCCCACGGAAACCAUUCGCUCACUGAUUCUUCCCAUCCGGAAUGUAAUAUAUUGUGUUGGAACAGAUCCGGGGGGGCGGGGGGGCACUUCUCAUUUAUCUGUGGAUGAAAUUUGUAUAUUAAAUUGAAGAGAAUGAAUUGUCUCUGUACUGCAGCUUUAAUUGGCAACGGGAGUGGCCCCAGGGCCCCAGCGGUGUAUAUGUUUAAUCACAUUAUAGCUAUCGGGCACAGAGCUUUGGGGGUAGGGCUUGGCCACUCCCCCUAUAGGGGGCACCAAUGUUUGGGGGUGGGGUUAAUCCUCUUGGUUUUUUUUUUUAUGGGGACAGGGUUGGUUGUGGGGGUUCGACCCUCCAUCCCAUAAUAUAUCAUUACAUUUAAAGUGCAUUCAGUGUGCAGAGAGGUCUUACAACCAGGGGGCAGGGUGACGAUGGCCAAACGCUCUGUGUGGGGGCCACAGCCCAGUACCCCCGGGGAGCCCCUAACAGUAGCAGUCGGGCCAAGCCUUGGGCUGGGGAGCAGGGGUCAUUAGGAAGAGUUGCCCCAGUUAUGAGCUUAGGGUGUUGUACAGGGGGUGCAGGGAGUUGUAGUUUCACAGCUGGAGGGUCACACUAUGAGUAAGGCCGGGGGCUUUAAUGCUGCCAUUUAGCCUCUCUCUUCAGCCAAUCAGGGGGUGGGUUAGGGCCCAUUCUGACCCCACAGGGAACAUGUAGGUUCUGUUGCACCUCUGUAUGAGAAGUGGGUAUAGGGGGCGCUACUGCCCUGGGUAAUUGGUGGCACCUAAUCACCUUGUGUUUGGCCAGUAGCCACUUUUUGCCAUCAGACACUCUAGUUACUGAUUGGGCAGUUUGGCCUCACUGGCGUUACCUGUAUAGGGGGCAGUUUCUAUAGACAAUCCUUUAAUCCCAUUGGAUCAUCAUCUGUUCAGGCACAAUAUCCAGCCACCCAAGGGUGUGAGGGGAGGGGCAUCAGUCCCAGACCUUAUGGGGGCCCCCCUCAUGUUGAGAUGCUGAUUUGGCCCCUUGGCCAAUCUCCCAGCUGUUGCAGUUAUGGGCCUGUGUUUGUGGGCCGGAUACAGCCCCCCAGGCCUAUCAUUGCCUCCCUGGGUACUGGGGCAAUACAGCUUAUGGGAGCCACGCCCACAGGGGGCUUUCAGCCAUAUGGGUUUGUGCAUUAGGGGGGCUUAUAAUGGCAGGGGGAGUAUAUAGGAACCAGACUGCUGCUGGCUGUAUUGGGAAUGGGGGUCUGUGCAUUGGGUGCAUCCCGCCAAGACCAACUGCAUGUGGGAUUAGAAUGCUAUUGGCUACAUCAUGCUAGGGGUUAAAGGGUAAGUAAGCCCUAAGUACUUUGGUCAUUAUGAGAAAGGCAGGAAAGUAGUGCAGGUUAGGGUGGUGUUGGUAUAAUCAGUAUCAGUUUGCAAGAGAUAAUCAACCUGUGGCCCUCUGUCUGCCUACAACUCCCAGCAGCCUCCGGGGCGGGGGGCCUGUUUGCUGCCCAGACUCUAACACUCGCCAUGUUCCUGCACCUCCAUGUGUUUUAUUGAACAGUAGAGUCUACUUGUGGCCCCAAACCUGCUGCCUUCAGAUCCAUAGCGAACUGUAAUACUGAGAGAGAGCUAUAGGGGGGGCUGUGUGUGGGGCUGGGCUCUGGGGAGAGGCCUGUAGUUACCCCUGGCUCCCAGGGGGGGCGCCUCUCUGGCACCCGAGGGGUUUGGUUUAUUUUUGUGCUGGGGGGGGGGGAGAUAUUUUUGUAGCUGUGAGACGGUCCCUCGCCACCCCCCCGCCGCCACAUAACACUGAGACGCCAGUGGGUACCCGCUACCCGUGUAUAUAGGUUCUUGCAAAUAUUCUUCUGACAUGCGAAGGUUCAGAACGACAUUUUUUUAAAGUAAAUAAUUGUUUUAAAUCUAUUUUGUAAAAAUAUAAUAAAUAAAAAAAGGUUCCAUAGAAUUUCUGGAGCACAGAUGAAACUAUUUGCACUAACAAAUGUGACGUGCAUGAUUUAAUAAAUAACUUUACUCUCA